CAGUUUGCCUCCAAACUACUUCAUUGAAACAAAAUUAAUAGUAUCCAGACUAGUAUAGAGUACGCAAAGCACAAUGACAUGACAUGCAUGUUGUAGACUAUGGUUGACACGACACUGCAUGGUGUUGUUGGCACUGUUCACGUCAUCUUUCCGCCGGCAAUACGCCGCAUCCAGUGUUUCACAUCCAUUGAAACACUUCGCGGCCUUCAACACCAUGUCCGUGGCGAUGGCAGAAAUGUGGUCUUACUCUUGGCUUCAAACACCCACCUUCCUCCUCAUUCCCUCCCUCCUCUGCGUUAUUGUGUCCUUGACUGGUUCAGCGACGGCAACAGUUUAUCACGCUUACCCGGACCCUUCGUGUCAAGAGCCAGCUUUAGCUGACCAGGGAAACCUCUGCACUGUGGGAGGAAAGAGUUUUUCUGAAUGUAUUUCUUCAUUGAAAGUUGCAGGUGAUGAAUGUAGACUUCAUGCUGGUCGCUAUCCAUUCCGAGGAGACCCGCUGCCCGUUAGAGGUCUGCAUGGAACGGAGGAGAAACCUUUCGUGAUUGCAGCGGCCCCGGGAGACGAGUCUGAAGUUCUGUUGGAUGGAACAGUCCCAGUGACAGUCAGCAUCGAUGACCGGAAUGUUUAUGCACCGCAUAGUAACAUCUAUGCGGCUAAAGCUCAGACGGAUUUCUGGCAAAUGUUUGUGGAUGAUGUGAUGCAGACAAAUGCCAGAUGGCCCAAUGCACUGUGGAGUGACUUGAGUGUAUUCAACGCCAGCUACUGGGCACACUCAGCCAAUACCAGCAACUCCACAGCGGGUAUUAUGGUGGACGAUGGUAGUCAUGGAGAAUUUCCGAACGACUUGACGGGGGCGGUUGCAAUCCUGAACACGGGCAGUUGGAACACGUACCCCGCAAUGGUACUCAGCCAUGCACCGGGAUCACACUCUUUCACUUACAAUGCUUCACACCAAGUGCACGAUGGCCCCGGUCAAAACCGAUACUUCAUCGAGGGAAAGAUGGAGUUCAUUGACCAGCCGACAGAGUGGCUGUACAACAAGACCACCGGCAUGGCAUACUUCAUACCCGGAGACAGACAUGGACCGUACCGGCACACAGUAACGGGUAAAGUGUCGGCGUAUGCACUGAACAUCACUGACUGUAAGCACUUGGUGCUCGCCAAUUUGACAUUCUUCGCCACCACAAUAUGGGCGUCAAGUAUUGCUGAGCAGCCAAUACCGACGUACAUCGAUCGCUUGACCGUGUCAUCGGUAAACUUCUCCUAUCCCAGCUACAGCCGGAGAAUGCUACAGGAUGUCAGCCCGCCGCAGUGCACUCUGAUCAGCAGUCAUUUCUACGAUCCGACGUCCUCAGAUCUGAUGGUGAGAGAUGUGGACAAGAAUCAGCUUGAUAAGUGGACGGUGGAGGGAGAGCACCCUGGUCGCCAUGGCAGACACUCAAUCUUCAAUUGCACCUGGAUGUACACGGAUGGUCCAGCACUGAUAGUGCAGGCCAAUCAGUGCAACAUUACUAAUAACUACUUUGCCUACAACGACUGGUCGGGCGCCGACUCGGUUGUGCGCAAUGGCGGCGUUGCCACCAUCAGCAAUGAGAACGGACACAGUGAUUACUUUGCAAGGAACACGCUGUACAGGAACGGCGCCAUGACUGGCUACCAGGCACCGGUCGGCUCGACGGUAGAGUACAACCUGAUCACGGGCCAGUGCUGGGGUGAUAUUGAACACGACGGUGCAGGUGUGCAGUUGCAUCCCGAAUGCCAGGCUAACACAACAUUGGCAAACAACUGGGCUCAUGACUCGUUGAAGUACGGGCUGCGCUUGGAUGGUCAGCCACCGCACACAGGCUCUCAUGCCAGAAUGACUGGAAAUGUGGCGUGGAACAGUGGCGGACUAAUGGUCAAGGGAGACUACCAUACGGUCAACUACAACCUAGCAUUUGACCUGCGCAAGGAAAGCCACAGUGCAGUCGAGAGACAGAACUGCAGUAUCUGUGUGUUGGAGUAUGUCGGAACAAAUCCCGUUCCUGUGAACUCGCACACAACAACAGUCCACAAUGUUGCAGAUUUUAUCAACGGUGGUACGGGAAAUGGUGGACACAGUAAAGUGACAAAGGUUGAGCCUCUGCCCGGCCUUCCAUCUGAUAAUGUCCAAACAAAUGUUCGAGAAGAGGUAAUGGAUGUCGAAAAUCUCGAUUUCCGUCCUCGCAAGAACUCAACCUUUCUCAAGUAUGGCGGUGUCGGUCCCUAUGUUCCUACAGGAGAUCGCUGGACACAGUACUGGAUUCCAGGUCGGCAGUCCUACAAAGCUAGCACCCCAAUACCACCAGACGGUAGUGCUACCGUCAAAACUGAUCGUGACUCUGUGAUGUGGCUGAUUGCACUGAAUGCACAGGCCAGUCGGGUGACAUUCUUAGCAUCCUGUAAUGCUUCAUUGCACUCACACCCGAAGGAAGACAGACAAGAAUGGAAUAACAUUGGUCAUGAGCCCAGACCUACAGAAGAUCAUCUAUGGUCGAGCAGUCCAAUUCCAUUACCGGAGAAUGUCUACUAUCUACCGACAAGUUUGAAACCCAGGACAAAGUAUUGCUGGAAAGUUGACACAAUAAUGCCUGAAGGUACUAUUGUUCCCGGUGAUGUGUGGUCAUUCACUACCAAGUGACACUGGUUAGGUGGUAUGAGAGAACAGACUAUGUAACGUAGCCUGCAAUAGUUACUGAGCUUUGUUGAUAUUUAUUUCUCUGGAAUAAUAUUCAUUUGAGGCUCUCGGCUUGACAUCGUGGUGAAGCAUUCCAAGUCUAAUGGUUGGAGACUCCUCGACUACUAUAACCUGGAAAGUCUAACGUUUUAACGACCAAUUUUUUUUUCGUUAUUUGAAGAAACGUUAUUCUCGAACCCGGUUUGAGAUGUCUGUGUAAAGAUGCGCAUACGGAUGGGUGGCCAGGUAGCCAUCGUUAUACUUCUGCACGUUAUCGUGCCGAAAUUACAAAAACAUUGAACUCUUUGGUCGUUAAACUUUCCGGUGUUUACAGUAGUUUGUUAGGCUGGAAUGAUUCCACGGAAGUUUCUGUAGGAUUCAUUCCCAAAUUUUGCUUUGCCAAGAUGAUUCACUGGUGAUACAUGUACUUCGAAGUAUUUGUUUUUCCGAUCAAUCAAACUUGUGAGGUUUUA